GCACGAUCAUUUGGCCAACAGGAGGCGCAUUCCAUUUGACCUGAGCGCGAGAGGGAAGCAAAUGCAUAGCUGUGGUUCACGAAUAGCGAACAAGAUUAGACGGCUCUCCGAAGCUCAGGAUGGCGAGUCUCUUCACCAUAUACUCUUGAUUCAGGAGGAAAUACGAACUUCUCUUUUACCAGUGUUUGAAUCCGCUGCACUAUCUGAGCGUCUCUUUCGCUUGAGGGGGAACUGAAAUGAAGGCAGAAGGCAACUCGUGUGUGAAUUACUAUUGGAUACAGUGAAGUCAAGGACGUUCAGUACAUGGUUUUUCCGUCGGUGUACUACCAUAAAGCUUAGGGCCACCGUAGUUAUUUGGUCAAGGAAAUGUGAGGACUUGGAUGCAGCUCGAGACUGAUGAUGAGUUGUCCCUAAUUCCUGUUUUACAUGAAGUCGUUAAACUAUCAAACGGCCUCAAGACAAAGGAAAGGAAACGGUCUCAAUUAAUUGUGGGCUACAUUGUAACAUUUCAAGCUGGUAUUAAAUGCCACCCUGUAUUGUAUUUCUAUGUCUGCUGAGUAGAGGAAUAAGCACGCGCUCUUGAAAAACAGAGGGAAUGGGCCAAUGAACUUUGAUUUUGGGCACCACCGAUGAGGACGCCAGCAGUGAAUUGACGAGCCACACAUAGAAGCCCCCCAGUCCCUCCCACCUCCAGCCCCCCUCCCCUCCCUCUGUCCCUCCCCCUCCUUCUGAUCCCUCUCCCCCCACCCCAGACUCACCAUGCUGAUCAAGGAGUAUCGGAUCCCAAUGCCAAUGAGCGUGGACGAGUACCGCAUCGCCCAGCUCUACAUGAUCCAGAAAAAGAGCCGGGAUGAGACCUGUGGCGAGGGCAGCGGAGUAGAGAUCCUGGAGAACAAGCCGUACGAUGACGGCCCAGGGGGAAUCGGCCAGUACACCCACAAGGUUUACCACAUCGGCAUGCACAUCCCCAGCUGGUUCCGCUCCAUCCUGCCCAAGGCAGCGCUCCGGGUGGAGGAGGAGUCCUGGAACGCCUACCCCUACACCCGCACAAGGUACACAUGUCCCUUUGUUGAGAAGUUCUCCAUUGACAUUGAGACGUACUACAAGCCAGACACAGGGAACCAGCCAGACGUCUUCAACAUGUCCCCAGUCGAGAAGAGGCUAAGGACUCUGGACCCCAUCGACAUUGUCAAAGAUCCCAUACCCCCACAUGAGUACAUGCAAGAGGAGGACCCUCGGAUCUACAGGUCAGACAAGACCAAGAGAGGCCCGCUGCAGGAGGACUGGAUCGAGGAGUACAACAACAACCCGGGGAAGACGCCCAUCAUGUGUGCUUACAAACUGUGCAAGGUGGAGUUCCGCUACUGGGGCAUGCAGUCCAAGAUCGAGCGCUUCAUCCAUGAUGUAGGGCUGAGGAAGGUGAUGGUGCGGGCCCACCGGCAGGCCUGGUGCUGGCAGGAUGAGUGGUACGGCCUGACCAUUGAGGACAUCAGACAGCUGGAGCUUGAGACCCAGCUGGCCCUGGCCCAGAAGAUGGCCCAGUUCAGCCAGGCAGAGGAGGCCACCGAGGCCAAUGGUGCUGCUUCAUCCCCAGACAAGAACCAGGAGGCCAAAGAUACCAUUAGCUCCUUAGAAACUGAGGUGGUCAGUGCAGGGGGCGGGGGAGACACUCUCCAAACAAAACGAGCAGGGCUCACCAAGCAGUGGUCCACCUCCUCCAGAUCCUCCCGCUCAUCCAAGAGAGGAGCGAGCCCAUCACGCCACAGCCUCUCUGAAUGGAGGAUGCAGAGCAUAGCACGAGACUCCGAGGACAGCUCAGAAGAGGAGUUCUUUGAUGCUCACGAGGACUUGUCAGAUGAUGAACAGGUUUUCCCCAAGGAGAUCGCCAAGUGGAACUCCAAUGACCUCAUGGACAAGAUUGAGGCGGCUGACGCAGAAGACAAUCCUGGAGAGCUGUACAAGGAUAUGGCAGGGGACUAUGAGAGGGCAGCCAGCGAGGAGAGACUAGAUGAGAUGCGUGGCUCUGUUAGCAGCCAAGCCUAUAGCUCUACCAUUCCCACCAUCACCGUAACCAAGCACCAGUCAGACCUGUCCUCCCAGCAAUGUCUGCAGCCUUCUAAGAUUCAUGUGCUGAUCCUGGUGUUACAUGGGGGCAACAUCCUGGACACGGGCGGAGGGGACCAGACCAGUAAGCAAGGUGAUAUCAACACUAUCAGCACGGCCUUUGACGCAGUGAUGCGCGUGCACUAUCCCACUGCGCUGGGCCGCAUCGCCAUCCGUCUGGUACCCUGUCCCGCCAUCUGCGCUGAGGCCUUCUCCCUGGUGACCAAUCUCAGCCCAUACAGUUAUGAUGAGAGCUGUCUGUCUAGCAGUCAGGACCACAUCCCCCUGGCUGCCCUGCCUCUGCUGGCCACCUCCGCCCCCCAGUACCAGGAGGCUGUGGCCACCGUCAUCAUGAGAGCCAACCAGGUGUACAAUGACUUCAUCAGGUCCCUGAACGGGGCAACCUUCUCUGGCCAGGUGUGCCUGAUUGGGGACUGUGUGGGAGGGAUCCUGGGGUUUGACGCAUUGUGCAGCAGCAACCAAACUAUUGGUGACAGCCAGAACAGCAGCCGCAGGGGCAGUGUAAUCAGCGUACAGGACCAGGACCUCCUCUCCCCAGGCAUCAUCAUAAACAGUGGGCACGGCUCUGCCUCUCCCACUCUGGAGGGCAGCCGCCACCUGAGCCUCAGCAACAUCGACAUCCCCCGCUCAGGAGGACCAGACGACUCCAAGAGACAGCAGCCGCGCAAAAGGAGUGGAGACUCCACAUACGAGCUGGACACCAUCAAACACCACCAGGCCUUCCUGACCAGCCUCCACUCCAGUGUCCUGCGGACUGACCCGUGCUCCCGCAGGUCCAGCAGCAGCACCUUCCAGGAUGCAGGCUGUCUGGGGAGGUUUGACUUUGAGGUGGCAGACUUCUUCCUCUUCGGCUCUCCUCUGGGCCUUGUCCUUGCCCUGAGGAAGACUGUCAUUCCUGUGCUGGAUGUGGCCCAGCUGCGCCCAGCUUGCCAGCAGGUCUACAACCUGUUCCAUCCAGCCGACCCCUCGGCCUCGCGCCUGGAGCCCCUCCUGGAGAAGAAGUUCCACCUCCUGCCCCCCUUCAACGUACCCCGCUACACACGCUUUCCCCUGGGGGACGGCAACUCCGCUCUACUGGUGGAGACAGUCCAGAGCAACCCUCAGCUCCUGCUCGAUAGUGGGACCCCCCUCUCUUUCCGCUGUCAGGAACCUAUCAGCGAGACCUGCAUCCCUGUGCCCGUGCUAAACUGGCAGGAGGGCUCCCUCAAGGCCACACCUGCUGUUCUAGAGUCGGAUGUUGUUCAGUCUCAUGGUGGUGUCUUCAUGGACAGUUCGUACCCCUCCUCCCCUGUUACGGGCCCCCACUGCCGGGGCCUGCGCAGGGCCAGUGAGGUCAGCAUUGCCAGCCAGGUUUCAGGAAUGGCAGACAGUUACACUGCCACCAACAUAGCCAACACACAACCAUGUCAAAUUAACCAAACCAAAAAACUCAGCCUUUUGUCCCAAAUCGCCCUGACAUCACAAACCAAAUUCUCCCUGAGAAGCACCCCUAAAUCCCAUAGAAAAGAAAGGACUGAUCCAGUCCGAGGAUCUACUGACACAGACAACGAGCCACAACCAGACCCAGAGGCAGACCCAGACGCUAACAGAGGUGUAAGCCCCUGUGGCUCUGGUCAGUUAGAGAGACACCUGUCAGCUGGCCUGGAUUAUACCAUAUAUGACCUGGUCUCCCUGGACUCCCAGGCAGAGGUGGAUCAAGUCGCAGCCCGUUGGUGGGGAACCAAGCGUAUGGACUUUGCCUUGUACUGCCCUGAUGCCCUGACAGCCUUCCCCACGGUGGCACUACCGCACCUCUUCCAUGCAUCCUACUGGGAGUCCACGGAUGUAGUGUCCUUCCUGCUGCGACAGGUGAUGAGGCAUGAAAACUCCAGCAUACUGGAGCUGGAUGGUAAGGAGGUGUCAGAAUUCACUCCAUCCAAACCUCGGGAGAAGUGGCUCAGGAAGAGAACCCACGUCAAGAUCAGGAAUGUGACAGCCAAUCACCGUGUGAACGAUGCAGUGUUCACAGAAGAUGGGCAGCAGGUUGUGACUGGCCGCUUCAUGUACGGACCUCUUGACAUGGUCACAUUGACAGGGGAGAAGGUGGACAUCCACAUCAUGACCCAGCCCCCAUCUGGAGACUGGGUGUACUUUGACACGGAGCUGACCAACAGCAGCGGCCGCGUGUACUUCAUCAUCCCAGAGAGCAAACGGCUGGGGGUUGGUGUCUAUCCGGUCAAACUGGUGGUCAGGGGGGACCACACAUUUGCAGACAGCUACCUGACAGUGCUUCCCCGUGGGACAGAGUUUGUGGUGUUCAGUAUAGACGGCUCAUUUGCUGCCAGUGUGUCCAUCAUGGGGAGCGACCCCAAAGUGCGCGCCGGAGCAGUCGACGUGGUCAGGCACUGGCAGGACCUGGGCUAUCUGAUCGUCUAUGUGACAGGGCGUCCAGACAUGCAGAAGCAGAGAGUGGUGGCCUGGCUGUCUCAGCAUAACUUUCCCCAUGGCAUCGUCUCCUUCUGUGACGGCCUGGUCCACGACCCACUCAGACACAAGGCCAACUUCCUCAAGUCACUCAUGGAGGCUCACAUGAAGAUCUUUGCUGGCUACGGUUCUACCAAAGACAUUUCCGUCUACACCUCCAUCGGCCUCUCUCCCUCCCAGAUCUACAUCAUUGGCCGACCCUCCAAGAAGAUGCAAGCUCAGUGCCAGUUCAUUACUGAGGGCUAUGCGACCCACCUCUCUCAGCUGGAGUACAACCAGCGCUCCCGGCCACCAAAGACCAGCAGUGCCCGCAUGGUCCUACGGAAAGGCAGCUUUGGUCUGGGUGCAAAAAGCGACUUUCUGCGGAAGCGGAACCACCUGCUGCGCACCAUUUCCGCCCAGCCGGCCCCCAGCUCGUCCACCGGCAGCGGCCACAGCAGACCAGAGCGCACACAGAGCCAGUCAGACAGCCACAGCCACAGCCAGCACGGCCCGGGACCAGCCCAGCGCAGCAUGAGCAUGGCAGCAGGCUGCUGGGGCCGCAGUGGCAGCACAAAGCUGGAACCUGGGAUUUUCAACCCAAAGUAGGGUUGGAGAGGUAGAUAAGAGAGGGAGGAUAAGGAGAGUGUGUAAAGUUAGAGAAGAGGAUGAAAAUGAGAAAGGAGGGAAAGGCUGCAAAAUAAUAAAAUAAA